AGACCUGCAGUGGAAAGAAAUUCCUUUACCACAGAAAUCACAGCUCUAGUUUCUAUCUUUACCUGGUAGCAUUAUACUCUAGGUGUUUAUAAAUAUAACACCUCAAAACAACAGUGGUUACUUGGGAAAGAGAGCAAAGGACACCAGGAGGCAGUAGGACCCUGCAGAAAAGAGAUGAUGAUAUUAAAAAGAUUGUAGGAAAGUGAAAAAAUAGAACAAAUCAAAAAAGUCCAUUAUGUUCUUUAAUGAAUGGAAGUGUUACUCAUCUGAGCUGAUUAAAAUAAACUUCUGACAGAUAAAUAUCAAUAGCCGACGUGCAAUUUAGCAAUUUCUACAAGGAAUAUUAAUAUUACUCAUCUCUUAGUGGUCAAAAUUUCGAAUUAGUUGUUUCAUAGGUACUUAUGAGAGGGUUAUUUGAGCCCGCAGGGCCAGGUCUCAAGUGAAUUAAAAAAAAAACUAUUUGGCAAGCAUCUGCUAAUUAUAAGGUGCUUAAUGCUAGGCCCCGGGGAUAUAAAGCUGUACACUAAUGACAAAGUAGCAACAUGAUUAGCUGCACAUGAGCGGUUGGAGGGAAUAGUCUGAGAUUUGAUAGGGAUUACCUAUAGGUAGGAUAGGGAGAAAUCAAAAGAGGUAGCACCUCCACGACAUAUAGCAGUGACCUAAAUGUUGCUUGCUUUUGUUAAUAAUAGCUAGCAUUUAUAUAGUGCUUUAAGAUUUGCAGAGCAUUAUAUGCAUAUUAUCUCAUUUCCUCCUAACAAUCCUUCCAAGUAGGUGCUAUUGUUAUCCCCAUUUUAUAGACGAGGGUGGGCUAUUAUCAUCCCGGUUUUAUAGAUGAGGCAGUCUAAGUGGCUUGCUGAGGGUCACCCAGGUGGGUCUUCCUGACUCCAGAGGUCCAGCGCCCUAGCUGCCUUACUAAUAGUAUGACGCUAAAAAGAUGUUCGCAAAUGACGUCACAGGUUCGCCUCCUUUUGGGUCUGGAGUUGCAGUCAGGAGAACCUUGGUUCUAGCUGCGUCUAGGGCUCGUUUUUCUCACGGUAACCGGACUUCGGGGGCGCGUGCGUGUCUGUGCGUGUGGUGGGGGGCGGAUUCUCAGGUCCCUCUCUGGGCCUGCCCUCUUUCGUCAGUGCAUUGCGGGGGUGGGUACAGCCACCUGAGGGAGCGGGGGCCGAUCCCUGCAAGCUCUGCAUCCUCGAUGCUGAUACAGAGCGGGGCCAGAACGGUCUGUGGGCGCAGCGGGGGGCCGCCUGGCUGGAGGCCCCGCCGAGAAGCGAGCGGCGGCGCGGCUGGGGGUGGGGUCAGCCGGCCGAGGGCGCCCAAUCCCGAGUGGGCCGUCAAGGCCGCCGCCGCCGCCGAUCCCCAGGCCCAGCCCGGGUGAGCGUGCCGGACGGCGGCAACGCUGCCUCCUUCCUUACCCUGGGGAGCGUUCGGGCUCGCGCGAGCCGACCACGGCUUCUCUCCCCCUUCCCCUCCCGCCCCUCUCCUAGCUUAGUCCAGGCACUCCCCGCCUCACUGACCCCGGAAAAGGAAAAGAGAAGGCCCCCCCUCAACCCCCCCACUCCUCAAGCUCCGACCCCACUGCGGCCCGGAAGGAGUCCGCGAGGGACUCGGCUGAGGUUUAUUUAAGGACUGUGUUACUGGCACCCUCAAAAUUUUGAUUUAUCCAGAAGUGAGGGAGAGACAUUGAAAACCGUCAUCUUCUUGUAACUCAGGUUUCCAACUCAGAUGUCUGUACUGACUUGAUGUCCUAAGACUGAAGAAGGCUGCAGCUUUGAAGUCUAAUGUCUGAUAUAUUUGAAAUAGUCUUAAUUUUGUGGGGGAAAGGGCUACUAUCAAGUGUGGUGCAGUGGCAAGAGUGUUGGGUUUAAUCAGAGGACCUGGAUUUGAUUCCUGGCUUUCCCACUUAUUCACUGUGUGGCUUUGGAAAAACAGUAAAUCAAAACCAACUGGCGUGGCAAUUGCUUCUGACAGAUGUCUAACAGGAUUAAAACGGCUGAGGUGGCCUCUGCUUCUUCCAUACAAGGUAUUAGAAGGCAGGCUCUCAGAGGAGAGAAAGAAAUCUCAGUUUAAGGGUUCGGAACCACGAGACAGCUAGCUUUAGUAGAUCCAUCAUGCAGAACCGACAAGGGUAUUGUAACUGUUGCCAUGUGCACUAUAUUAACCUUGAACAGCAUAUAAUCAGCCCCCAACACAGAUACUUUGCUACAUACUGUAGGUAUCGGCUGGGUACCAAUAGCCUUUUGGAUCGUUUUCUUCAUGAUGUCAUGCAGUAUCACCCACAUCAGUAUUAUGAUGACAGACCAGCUUCUGAUGACAUACCACUUCUCAGCCAUCCAUCACCUCCCAAGGAGGCUCAAUUGGAUAUUGAUCAGGUUCCAGAAAAGGGGGCUGAGAUGGGAACUCUUGGUGAUGAAGAAGAUUCAUCUAUGAAGGACUUGAAAUCCAUUGAAGGUUCAUGUUCUUCUUAUAAAUCGCAGAAGGAUAUGGAGGAGGUUUCUCUUCGACAUACAGUUAUCCAAACAAGAAUGAAUGAACAGCAGCUGCCUACAGAAGACUCUCAGGAGGAGACCAUGUGCAUCGAUAACAACCUGCAAAUUCCUGAAGAAAACAUUCAAACUACUAAUAGUAGCCAUAAAAUCCAAUUUACACCAGUGAUUACAGAGCUUUCCAGUUCUGUUAGUUCUUUACCCUCGAGAUCCUGCUGUUACUCCAGUUAUGACUGAAAAUGCCAGUUUAUCAUCCCCAGAAACUCAAUCGGUUUCAGUAAUCAAAUGUACCCCCAAACAGGAACGAUACGUGCAAUAACGAUAUACGGUUCGACAAAUGUUCUAACUCUUUUGAGUCAUCACUGCAGUUAGGAACCUCUUCAGUUUUACGUCAGAGCCCUAAAGUUGGACAAGGGAACUCUUUCGAUAUGACCUCAGGAGAAAACUCAGAAACAAGGUUAAUCAAUAUGAGUAUGAGCACUGGUAGUACAGUAAACUCUGAGUCAACCUCCAAACUAGGAGAAAAUUCAGAAACAGAGUUGUUCAGCAUGGGUAUGGAUAUUGGUAGCCCACUAAACUUUGAGUCAGCUCCCACACUAGGAACAAAGUCAGAAACAGGGUUGAUAAGUAUGGAUAUGGGCACUGGUAGCUCACUAAACUUUGAGUCAACUCCCAAACCAGGAGCAAAUUCAGAAACAAAGUUAACCAGUAUGGUUCUAGGGACUGGUAGCUCACUUAAUGUUGAGUCGUCACCCAAAGUAGGAGAAAACUUAGAAACCAUGUCGGGUUGUGUAGGUAUGGGUGCUGGUAGCUCACUAAACUUUAAGUUAGCUCCAAAAUUAGGAGUAAACUCUGAAACAAAAUUUGUUAGUAUGGGUAUGGGGACUGGUAAUUCAUUCAACUUUCGGUCAACUCCCACAUUAGGAAAAAACUCAGAUACAAAGUUGAAAGGUAUGAAUACUGGUGGCUCACUAAAAUUUGAGGCAACCCCUGAACUAGGAGCAAAGUCAGAGACAAAAUUGUGCCAUAUCAGUAUGCAGACUGGUCGCUCAGUAAAAUUUCAGUCAUCUCCCAAAACAGGAGAAAACUCAGAAACAAAGUUGAUCAGUAUGGGGAUGGGGACAAGUGGCUCAGUAAACUUAGAGUCAACUUCCAGACCUGGAGAAAAUAUAGAAACAAUGUUGAACCGUAUAUGUGUGGGACCUGGUGGCUCCCUGCACAUUGAAUCAUCUCCCAAAUCAGGAACAAACUCAGAAACAGAAUUUGCCAGUUUUGAUGUGGGAACUGGUGGCUUAAUAAAGUUUGAGUCAACCCCCAAAUUAAAAGCAGAAUCAGAGACAAAAUUAAGUAAUAUGGGGAUUGGUCACUCACUAAAAUUUGAGUCAACUCCCAAACUCGGAGAAAGUUCAGAGAUAAAGCUGAUCAGUAUGGAUAUGGGAACUUUUCACUCAGUAAAUUUUGAGUCAACUCCUGAAUUCAGAGGAAAAUCAGAAACAAAAUUGGUCAGUGUGGGUGUGCAGACUUUUGAUUCUAUAGACUUUGAGUCAACUCCCAAGCUAAGAGGAAACUUAGAAACAAUGUUUAGCCGUAUGGAUGUGGGAACACAUAGCUCAUUAAACUCGGAGUCAACUUCCAAACUAGGAGCAAACUCAGAAACAAGAUUAUUCAGUGUGGAUACGGGGACUAGUUACUCAGGAAACUCUAAAUCAACUCCAAAAUUAGGAGAAGACUCAGAAACAAAGUUGAUCCAUAUGAGCAUGUGGACUGAUGGCUCGCUAAACUUUGAGUCAGCUCCCAAUGUAGGAGCAAAUUCUGGAACACAGUUGUUCAGUAUGAAUAUGGAGACUGGUGGCUCAGGAAAUUUGGAAUCAACUCCAAAGUUAGGAGGAAAUUCAAAAACAAAGUUGAUCCAUAUGGGUAUGUGGACUAGUGGUUCACUUAACUUUUCAUCUACUUCCAAAUUAGGAACAAACUCAGAAACAAAGUUUGCCAGUUUUGGUGUUGGGGCUGGUGACUCACUAAAGUUGGAGUCAGCUCCCAAAGUAGAAGAAAACUCAGAAAAAAAGUUUACCAGUGUUGGCAUAGGGACUGGUAGUUCGUUAAAAUUUGAGUUGACCCACAAAUUAAAAGAAAGGUCAGGAUUAAAAGUGAGCCGUACAGGUAUAGGGGUUUGUCACUCACUUAAAUUUACUUCCACUCCCAAACUAGGACAAAACUCAAAAACAGUGAUGACCACCAUUGGUAAGCAGCCUAGUGGCUCAUCCAACCUUGAGUCAACUCUUAAAGGGACUGGUGGCUCAGUAGGCUUUGAAUCAACUCCCAGACUAGGAGAAAAUUCAGAAGCAAGGUUAAUCAAUGUGGUUAUGGGAACUGGUGGUUCCCCAGACUUUAAGUCAGUCCCCAAAGUAGGAGAAAGCUCAGAAACAAAGUUAAUAAGUAUGGAUUUGGGAACUAGUGCCUCAGUAAACUAUUUGUCAACUCCCAAACUAGGAGAAAACUCAGAAGCAAAGUUCAUUAGCAUUGGUGUGGGAACUGAUGACUCAGUAAACUUUGAGUCAAAUACCAAAUUACCAGAAAAAGUUUGUGAGAAACAGAGUUUGUCAGAAACAAAGUUUGUUGGUAAGGGUUUAGGGACUGGUAGCUCAUUAACUUUUGAAUCCCCUCCCAAACAAGAAGAAAACUCAGAAAGAAAGUUCAUUGUUACUAGUGUGGGAACUAGUGGCCCACUAACUGUUAAACCAGCUCCCAACCAAGGAGAAAAUUCAGAAACAAGGUUUAUUGAUAUGGGUAUGGGAACUAAUAGCUCAGUUAAGUCAAGUCCCAGAGUAGGAGAAAAUUCAGAAACAAAGUUGAUGAGCAUGAGUUUGGGGACAGGUAGCUCUGGAAACUUGGAGUCAAUUCCUAAACUGGGAGAAAACUCACAGAGAAGGUUUGUCAUUGUGGGUGUAGGGACUUGUGGCCCACUAAAUGUGGCUUCACCUCUCAGAUUAGGAGAAAAUUCAGAAACAAGAGGAAUCAAUGUGGGUAUAGGGCGUGGUAGCUCACCAGAUUUUCAGUCAACUCCCAAAGUAGGAGAAAAUCCAGAUACAAAGUUGAUGAGUAUGGGUUUGGGAGCUGGUAGCUCAGUAAACUUGGAGUCAGCUCCCAAAGUAGGAAAAAACUUAGGAACUGCAUCAGGCUGUAUUGUUAUAGCAACUAGGAGCUCACCAAAUCUUGAGGCAACUCCCAUACCUAGAACAAACUCAGAAACAUUGUUGACUGAUGUUGAAGUGGGAACUCGUAUCUCACUUAAUUUUGAAUCAACACAUAGACUGGGAGAAAACUCACAAAGAAGAUUGGUUGUUAUGGGUCUGGGGACUAGUGGCCCACUAAACAUUGAUUCAACUCCCAGGUUAGGAGAAAAUUCAGAAACAGAUUUAAUUGAUGUAGGUAUAGGAAUUGGUGGCUCAAACUUUGAGUCGGCUCCCAAAAUAGAGGAAAGCUCAGAAACAGAGUUAAUCAGUAUGGAUUUGGGAACUACUGGCUCAGUAAACUUUGAGUCAAAUCCCAAAUUAAGUGAAAACUCAGAAACAAAGUUGAUUGGUAUGGAUUUGGAGGCUGGUAGCUCAGUAAACUUUGAGUCAACUCCUGAAGUAAAAAGAAACUUAGAAACUAGGUUGAGCCACAUUGUUACAGCGACUAGGAGCUCACCAGAUAUAGAACUAAAUCCCACACCUAGAGCACACUCAGAAACAUUUUUGACCAGUGUUGCAGUGAGGACUGGUAGCUCAUUAAAUUUUGAGUCAAUUCCCAAACAAGGAGAAAAUUCAGAAUCAAGGUCAGGCAGUAUGGCUAUAGUAACUGAUGGCUCACUAAACUUUGAGACCACCGCCAAACUGGAAGAAAACUCAGAAAGAAGGUUGGUAAUUAUGAGUGUGGGGACUAGUAGCUCACUAAACUUUGAUUCAGCUCCCAAACUUGGAGAACAUUUGGGUGUGGGAAGUGAUGGCUCACCAAACUUUGAGUCAACUCCCAAAUUAGGAGAAAACUCAGAAACAAAGUUGAUCAAUAUGAAUUUGGGGACUGAUAGCUCACCUAACUUUGAAGUGGUCCCUAAAUUAAGAGAAAACUCAGAAGUAAAGUUGAUCAGUAUGGAUUUAGGAAGUAAUAGCUCAGUAAUCUUGGAGUCACAUCCCAAAUUAGAAGAAGACUCAGAAACAAAGUUGGUCAAUAUGAGUUUGAGGACUGGCAGUUCAGUAAACUUUGAGUCAAUGCCCAAAGUAGAAAAAAAUUUAGAAACGAUGUUGAAUUCAUCAAACCUUGAGUCACAUAGAGCCGACUCAGAAACAAUGUUGACUGAUAUUGGAGUGGGUACUGGUAGCCCACUAAACUUUGAAUCAACUCCCAAAGUAGGAAAAAACUUAGAAACUGUGUUCAGCUGUAUCGUUAUGGCGCCUAGAAGCUCACCAAACAUUGAACCAAGUCCCAUGCUUAGAGCAGAAUCAGAAACAUUGUUGCCCGAAAUUGGAAUGGAGACUAGUAGCUCACUAGAUUUUGAGUCAGUUCUUAACCAAGGAAAAAAUUCAGAACGAAGGUUAAUCAGUAUGGGUGUAGGAACUGAUGGCUUACCAAACUUUAAAUUAUCUCCCAAAGUAGAAGAAAGAGAGUUGUUCAGUGUGAAUUUGGGGACCGGUAACUCAGUAAACUUUGAGGCAAUGUCCAAAGUAGAAAAAAACUUAGAAACUGCGUUGAAAUCACCAAAACCUGAGCCAAGUCCCAUACCUAAAGCAGACUCAGAAACAUUGUUGACUGAAAUUGGAAUGGAGACUGAUAGCUCACUAAAUUUUGAGUCAGUUCCCAGCAAAGGAGGAAAUUCAGAACCAAGGUUAAUCAGUGUGGAUGUAGGAACUGAUGGCUUACCAAAUUUUAAGUUAUCUCCAAAAGCAGAGGAAACAGAGUUGAUUGGUAUGAAUUUGGGGACUGGUGGCUCAGUAAUCUUUGAGUCAGAUCCCCAAUUAAAAAAAGACUCAGAAACAAAGUUGGUCAGUGUGGGUUUGAGGACUGGUAGUCCAGUCAACUUUGAGUUAGUGCCCCAAAUAGAAAAAAAUUUAGAAACUAGGUUGAAAUCACCAAAACCUGAGCCAAGUCCCAUACAUAAAACAGACUCAGAAGUAUUGUUUACUGAAAUUGAAAUGGAGACUGAUAGCUCACUAAAUUUUGAGUCAGUUCCCAGCAAAGGGGAAAAUUCAGAACCAAGGUUAAUCAGUGUGAAUGUAGGAACUGAUGGCUUACCAAACUUUAAAUUAUCUCCAAAAAUAGAGGAAACAGAGUUGAUUGGUAUGAAUUUAGAGACUGGUAGCUCAAUAGACUUUGAGUCAAUGCCCAAAGUAGAAAAAAACUUAGAAACUAUGUUGAAAUCACCAAAACCUGAGCCAAGUCCUGUACUUAAAGCAGACUCGGACACUGAUACUGGAAUGGGAACUGGUAGCUCACUAAAUUUUCAGUCAGUUCUCAACCAAGAAGAAAAUUCAGAACCAAAGUUAAUAAGUGUGGGUGUAGGAACUGAUGGCUUACCAAAUUUUAAAUUAUUUCCAGAAGCAGAAGAAACAGAGUUGAUCAGUGUGAAUUUUAGGACUGAUGGUUCAGUAAUUUUUGAGUCAAAUCCUCAAUUAGAAAAAGACUCAGAAACAAAGUUGGUCAGUGUGGGUUUGAGGACUGAUAGUCCAAUAAACUUUGAGUCAGCGCCCAAAGUAGAAAAAAACUUAGAAACUAUGUUGAAAUCACCAAAACCUGAGCCAAAUCCCAUACCUAGAGCAGAUUCAGAAACAUUGUUGACUGAUAUUGGAGUGGAGACUUGUAGCUCACUAAACUUUGAGUCAACCCCCAAACAAGAAGAAAAUUCAGAAUCGAGGUUAAUCAGUAUGGGUAUGGGGAUUGAUGACUCAUUAAACUUUGAACCUACUUCUAAUCUAGAAGAAAACUCAGAAAGAAGUUUAAUCAAUGUGGAUAUAGGAAUUGAUGACUUGUUAAACUUUCAGUCAAUGUCCAAUGUAGGAAAAAAUUCAGAAACAGAUUUUAUCAUUAAGAGUAUGGAAACUGGUGGUUUACUCAACUUUGAAUCACCUCCCAUAUUUGGAGAAAAUGUAGAGAAUAUGAUAAGCUGUAUUGUUAUGAGGACUAGUGACUCAGUAAACCGUGGGUCACCUUUUAAACUUGGAGCCAACUCAAAAACAAAUUUGACUAAUAUAGGUGUGGAAAUUAGUGGCUCACCAAACUGUGAGUCAGCUCCUAAACUAGGAGAAAACUCAGAAACAAAGUUGACCAGUAUGGAUAUAAGGACUGAUGGCUCACUAAACUUUGAGUCAACUGACAUUUUAGGAGAAGAUUCAGAAACAGUGUUCAGCAUUAUGGAUAUGGGGAAUGAUGAUUUAAUAAACUUUGAGUUAACUCCCAAAUUAGGAGAAAACUCAGAAACAAAAUUGAACAGUAUGCCUAUGGGUACUGAUGACUCUUUCAACUUUGAGUCAACUCCAGAAUUAGGAGAAAACUCAGAAAUGUUGUCAAUUACAGAUAUAGGGAAUGAUAAUGGCUCAUUUAACUUUGAGUCAAUUGCCAAUUUAGGAGAAAAUUUAGAAAUGGGCAUGGGGACUGAUAGCUCACCAAAGUUUAAGUCAACUCCCAAAAUGGGAGAAAAUUCAGAAAUAGGUUGAUCUCUAUGGAUUUGGAUACUGAUA